AUGCACACAGCACACAGGGAGUCCGACGACUCGUCCGUGGACGCGAUGGAGCAUCGCCGGCUCGAAGAGGAGGAAGAUCUCAUGCAGGAGGCUUUGGCUCUAUUGGCCGACCUUCAGGACGACGACUAUAACGACGCUAUUUCACGGUUACUGCUACCGUCUGACGACCAUCAGCAGCAGCAGCAGCCCCCCAACUAUAGCGACUCAAUGUUGUCAAAUACUGAUGUAGAGGCUCCAUCGUCCGGUAUACAAGAGCCUCGAGUAUACGGUCUUACCCCUACAGAUAAAUGCGGCCCAGGUACACCACCAGCGCUCCCGACCAGCAUGACAUCCGAAAAGAGGACGCUCUCGGCUACUGCGAAGCAGCUGUCACGCAAGAAAAGGGCACUGGUCAAUGCUUCAGGUGCUGGAAAGAAGCGCAAAGCGGCGUCUUACAACUCGAACCGGGCUCGAGAUGAACGCAAGGAGGAGCUUAUUUAUCUGCGCAAGACGGUGCAGACGAUGGAGGCGAGAUUGCGCACACUGCAGCUCUCGCAACGCCGAGCGCUGGCCACGCCUGUACCUGCGAAAGACCCACCACGAGACACAGCUUAUUCAUUGACUAAAGGUGUUUUUGGGCCAGGAGAUACUCCUGUAGGGGAACCAUUGCUGACUGAAGAUGCAAGCGAUGAUGCCGCGAUGGGGCCAGUUUGGACUGAGAUUGCAGCGCAUCAGUAUCAGGAACGGCGUCGGGUGGAAUUGGAAAAUAUUCGACUGAGACUAAUUUUAGAGGGUCAGAUCAAGAUGGCAAAAAGUCUCGAGAAAAUGUUGACGAAACGCACGAGCUUACGAGUAAUGGAAUCUAUUCAAGGAAAGUACCUGACCAGUUUGCAGCACCGCAAGCCGACGUCGACAGAGGAGGAGGACGAGGUAGCGAUUUUUGCUCGUCUGGAAAAGGAGUUGGAUUGCGCUCUUAAUGAAGUGGAUGCUGUGUUUGAGGCCAAUGGACUUGCACGCAUGGAAAGUACAUUUGCGGACGCACAAGUUCGGAUUGAAAAUGGAUCGACAAUCAUGGAAAUUUUUGCCAACAAAGUGGUUCCGUUUGGCGUCAAAGUUACAGGCCACGCGGUAUGGGAGCAUUUUGUUCACUCCAUGGACCAUAUUCCGUCGCGCUUUGUGUACCAAAAGCAGCUAAAGAAGACACAAACGACGGACGACACGUUGAUGGAGAGUUUUGGCUUAGAGCUCGUUGGUAGCCGCAACGCCACCGCCGCAUUCCGAGUGCGCCAGAUCCGCCGAAAGUUUGUCCAGCCUGACCGCGUCGUAAUUGCGUGGCCCAUGUACUCCGAGGCGCUCGAGCUUUCUGCUGAGCCUACGAAGGGUGUACGACUUCAUGAAAAGUGCUUUACUGUGGUGAAGGCGCUCCGGCAUGAUGGUGGCCGUCGAGGUGCCCUUAUACAGACGUGCUACGUUCUUCGUCCUGAGAUUUACGGUCAUAUUGCUGAUUCUGCUCGCAUUCUCAACACCUUGACGGAGUUUCUGCUGGACUCUGUCUCGCACACGAUUAGCUCAAGCCACCAGAUGAUUGAGAACUCCCUGUUAGAUACAGCGCUCCGAUUUAAAGCCGAUCCGGGUACAGUAGCGCGGGUUGCUAAUCAGGAUGGUAGCGCUGAAGAAAAAAUUAGAGGAGAGGGUAUCACUUAA